UUUCAGAUAGAGUAGGCACAAUAAUUCAUUAAUUACAUUAUUUGUUUUUAUUUUUGUUCCCAUAGCAUGAUUGUAUCCUUAGUGUAUAUGAAUCUUCCUCUAUUUUGCUACUUCUCUGUUAUGAAAGGCAUGCAGACUGUGGGAUAGACUGUUCUUCUGCCCAAGAGGGUUAGUUGAGUUCUUUGUGCCAGAUGGAUUAGAUCGAUUCACUGGAUAACCCUGUGCCCGUAGAAGGCUAGUGCAGGUUGGUGUUGCAGAGACAAAAGCCAGGUUUCAUAAUGUAAAUAUAGCUAAUGGCCUGCGGUGUUCCCUUCACAGGCUCAGACAACCUGCAAGUAAACUGGUGCACAUUGCUUUCUCCCUGAUCAUUUAUUAUUAUCAAACGAAUUGGACAAAUUUUAAACAAAUUGUUACCAAACUUAAUGUACCAGAUGCAAAGAAAUGUACUGCGUUCAACUGAGUAGUUCCUCUUGGCAGUAAGCUCUAGCACAUGGCUAAUUCUCUUGAAGCUGAUGCAUUGAGUAACUGUGAGAGGCAGUUUCCAUCCUUGCUCUCUUUAUCCGUUUUUUUUUCUCUGCUCUAUCCCUUUUAAAAGUCAGCUUUUGUGCGGAUAGUGUGUCGGUGUGGUGGACAAGGUUGCUUCAGGAAAAGAAGAGUGUGAUUUUCAAUGAAAGCUCAAAGAGGCUAGGGAGCGUGGUGACAUCUGUAUGGAGGGAAGAAUUGUGAAGACCGUUGACACACAGUCAGAAUUGUUCUCCACCACCACAAUCAACAGCCUAUUGAAGAUGCCUCUGGUGAAGGAAUUCAGGAAGAAAGCAGAGGACAUCAGAACCGUGUCUGAUCUGAGAGAGAAGCUGGGAGAGGGAUCCUUCUCUGAGGUGCAGGUGGCUCAGCACCACCACACCCUGAGACUUGUAGCUGUCAAGUGUAUCAGCAAGAGGGCGCUAAAGGGCAAAGAGGGCAUGUUGGAGAAUGAGAUUGCAGCGCUCCGCAGAAUCAACCAUCCCAACAUGGUGGCAUUGGAGGAGACCUUUGAGACAUCUUCAAAGCUUUAUCUUGUUAUGACUCUGUGAGUGGAGUUGCUGGACCGUAUUCUGGAGAGGGGGCGCUACACUGAGAGGGAUGCCAGCCGUGUCCUACGGCAGGUUCUGGAAGCAGUCCAAUACCUCUAUACACAGGGACCAGUCCAUCCCAGUAAUUUAUUGGAUAAAACACCAAUGUUUCGGGCAUCACUGUGCCUUCUAGAAUAAUAGUCAGCACCUCUACACAAAAUAGUCAUUGGUGACUUUGGCCUGUCCAAGAUGGAUGAGGAGGGGGUGCUCACCACAGCAUGUGGAACGCCGGUGUAUGUGGCUCCAGAGCUUCUGCAGCAGAAAUCUUAUGGCAAAGAGGUGGACCUAUGGACUCUGGGGGUGAUCACCUACAGUUGA